AUGGUUCGCAUGAAAAAUUUGAGCACAUUUGUGCUCCCAGGGCUCGCAAGUCACCUCUCCAUGGUGGCAGCGGUGGGACAAACAUGCGAGAACGGAGUACGCCCAUACUCAGCAUGGUUGGCCGAUAGUGUCAUCGCUCGUAAAGAUGCGCUGUUGAACGCUGACACUGAAAAUGAUGUCGCACUCUCCUUGAAGCUUGGACUGUUCCAACUUAGCGUUAUCCAUCUCAAGGAGUACUACGAUGCUGCAUCAUGUGCAAAGGAGGACUGGGAUGCAUAUCUGAAAGAGGCUACCGAUAGUAUUCUGCCCACAGUGUUGAACGUGACUGGCGAUAUUGAAGCUCCCAUGGACAUAUUUGCCACGGCUAAUGGGCUGUACUACCAAUAUGAGAAGUCCGGCGACGAAAGCUACAAGCAAGGCCUUGAUGCUCUGAGAAAGGCAUACGACGGCAGGAAACGCAACUCAGAGGGCGGCUUCUGGUACUAUAACGCCCGACCGAACCUCAGCUAUUUGGAUGAGACCUAUCCCUUGGGCGCCUUUACUGCCGUGUACAAGAACCGCUUCGAGCCCACCAACGCCACCCUGGCUGAGAACCUCAGCAAAGACCUCAAUCAAUUUAAGGACCAUUGUCACCACGACACCGGCCUGAUGGCGCAUGGCUACGACGCCUCCAAGUCAGCCCCGUGGGCGAAUAAGACUACUGGGGCAAGCCCAUACGUCUGGGAUCGCGCCCUCGGAUGGUACCACAUGGGUCUUGUGGAGCUUCUCCACAAUGCAGAUGAAUUCCCCGGCCUCCUGAAUCAGACGCAACGAGACGACGCUUACAAGAAGUAUUACAAUCUGGCAAACACGAUCAUCAACGAUGUAGAUGAGACCACGGGGUGUUGGUGGCAGGUGAUGGAGCAUGGAGGGGAGCAAGGCAAUUAUAUCGAGACGAGUGGAUCGGCCAUUUUCACCUACUCCAUUCUCAAGGGUGUGCGGCUGGGCUAUCUGACGGGUGUUCACCCCGAGAGCGGAAAAGAUUACAAGCAGACGGCGGAGAAGUGCUAUAGUUGGCUGCUCGAGAAUCGAGUGGUCCAGGAUGACAGCGGCACGUUGAGUGUGAAUGGCACAGUUGGUGUCUGCACGUUAGAAGAUCCGACAUAUGAGUACUACACUACCCAGCCGCUGUCAUAUAACAGUGUGUUCGGGACGGCGCCGUUGGUGAUGGCGAGCUUGGAGCAUGAAAUGGCUGCCAAUGCGGUGAGCUCCUGA